CGUGUAAGUGCGCCGGGCGGACGUCGGUGGCGCCGUGCCAGAGACGAUCUGCCCGCUUUGAAGAUGGCGGCGGCAGCCGGGAAGGUGAGGCAGGACAUGCCGCCGCCGGGCGGAUACGGCCCCAUCGACUACAAGAGGAACCUGCCCCGGAGGGGGCUCUCGGGUUAUAGCCUCUUUGCAAUCGGAGUGGGGACACUUGUGUUUGGCUAUUACAGAAUUUUCAAGUGGAACCGAGAGAGGAGGCGCCUGAACAUUGAGGACCUGGAAACACGGAUUGCGCUGAUGCCCCUCCUGAUGGCGGAAAAUGACCGAAGGACUCUGCGCAUGUUGAGGGAGAAUCUCGACGAGGAGGCCAAGAUCAUGAAGGACGUCCCCGGCUGGCAGGUGGGCGAGUCUCGCUUCCACACCACCCGCUGGACAUUUCCCGCGCCAGACGAACUCUUCUACCUGCAUCCACAAAGCGAGCUGGACCAUGUCAAGUUUGGGUUUCAGUCCUACGUCUGAGCGGCUGGGCUCUGAUGGGGGGCAGGAGGGGGAGAGAAAACUGUGGGGUUGGCACCUUCUUCCUUCCAAAGAUGGGAUACGCUUCUGAAUAAACAAAUUCAGGCAGAAA